GACAGACAUCGCAGGUGUUGCCCUGUCCGAUCACAUUUGACAUCGUCGCGCAAUGGCGAAAAAGAGAAUACACACCUUCGAGGAUGUGGCCGGCUCGGACGAUGAGUUCCACCUGAACCAGGACGAGAUCCGCCUCGGCGAGGAGCCGGCAGCGAAACGAAGGCGAAAACUUGCUGAAGAUGAAGAAUUCCUGCAGCCGUCCGAUGAGGAAGUCCUGGGCCACUCCGAAGCGGAGGAGGAGGGGAGCUCCGAUGGCGAGAGCGCCGAUCAUCGCGGUCUCGACGAGGAAGACGACGACGAGGGAGUAGCGGGCUGGGGCACUUCGAAGGACGCACUGUACGGACACGAUGCGAUCGAGACUGAAGAGCAGGCCCUCGAGGAAGAGAAGGAAGCCAUUCGGCUGCAGAAGAGACAAUUACAGCAGAUGCGCGCGGCGGAUUACGGUCUCGAUGAAGACGAGUGGCAGACAACCGACCAGGGCGGCGCCGCUGCAGAAGGCGAGCGUGAGCAGAAUGUGGUGUCCGAGUUUGUGCCACGCCUCCAGAUUGCGCCAGACAUGGGUGCGGCCGAGCGUCUGAAGCUGCUCAAGUCCCGUUAUCCCGAGUUCGAACCCUUGAGCAAGCAGCUUCUGCGGCUACGAGAGGAGCACGCUCGCUUGUCCAAGGCGGCGGGAGCCUCGUCGCUCGCCCAAAUCAAAUGGAAAGCCGCUUCUGCCUACCUGGGUGCACUGGUGAUGUAUUUCUCCUUACUCACCUCUCCUGCUGCGCAGACCAGCGAAGAGUACGUGGUGGCUCUCCCGGCAACACAACUUCGAGACCACCCAGUCAUGAUCAGCUUGGUCAAGUGCCGCGAGCUGUGGGAACGGACGUCGACGCUUCCGGAUCAUGUCGAACAAGACAGCACAACAUCUGAGCAAAGGCACCCUCUUGAGGCGGAGGACGAGACUAGCCAAGGCGAGGCCGUUGCCGAUGUCGAGCCUCCCACGUCUGACAAACGUUCAUCGAGAGCUGAUCGUCAUGCUGCUGCUCUCCAAGCGGCCAGAGAACAGAGGAGAGCAGAGAAGCUCCAACGCGCGGAAGCCGACCUUGCAAAUCUGGACUCAUUGAUACAUGCAAAGAAUAGACCAGGCACCAAGACUGCUCAACGUCGACAUACCAAUGGAGACGACCAGGAUCUUGGCGAAGAGGCGCCACUUACUGCCCGUGAAGCUGCCGACAAGGCACAAAAGAAGAAGAGUCUUCGUUUCUACACUUCUCAAAUAGCUCAGAAAGCUAACAAGCGCGGCAACGCUGGUCGAACUGCUGGUGGCGACGACGAUAUUCCACAUCGUGAACGUUUGAGGGAUAGACAGGCACGCUUGAAUGCCGAGGCUGAGAAACGCGGCAAGCGUGCGGGUGAUGGAGUUGACGCAGAUCUUGGUGGAGAUAGCGACGAAGAUGAUCACCAACAAGCCCGCGACAUUCGAGCAGCUGCAGAGGACGACGAAUACUAUGAUCUCGUUGCAUCCAAGACUGCCAAGAAGAAGAGCGACAAGGCCGUAUUGGCAGAAGCGCAAGGACAAGCAGCAUUGCAAGGCGGAGCGGUGGUCCAGCAGGAAGUCAUUGGUCCAGAUGGCAAACGCAAGAUCAGCUAUGCCAUCGAGAAGAACAAGGGUCUCACUCCCCACCGCAAAAAGGAUGUUCGCAAUCCGCGUGUGAAGAAGAGGAAGAAGUACGAUGAGAAGAAGAAGAAGCUGGCAUCGAUCAAGCCUGUCUAUAAGGGAGGCGAAGGCCGUGGAGGAUAUGGUGGAGAGCUGACUGGUAUCAAGGGCUCAUUGGUUAAGAGCACAAAGUUGUCGUAGGCGCUUCAUGUUGAAGUUCGCUCCCGUCUGACCAGUGUCUACCAUUAUCAUCUUGGCAUUAAAGCAAGCCGCCACCUUCCGGGCCAUUCUUCCAUAAGAUCAUGCCCCAAUCUGUGCAAUGGCUUCAUAUGAAUUGCUGAAACCCGAGACUUGCUGACGUGAACGCAGAAAGCACUUUGCAAAGCGUACAAGGAACUGAUGCGAAGUGAGGAAAAUGAGGAUAAAGUCUCCGCAUCAGCGCAUAGCACCCUUCACAAGCGAAGCGCCGUGGCCC